CCUGGAGGUAUGCUAGAGGAACAGCUGCUAUCGCAACACUUGCGUGUAUGGGUUGCCAAUUGGUUUCCAUACUGAUGCAUAUAAACCCAGACGUCCACCCACUACAACCGCACUUUACCAGCAAGUUGAAGUGUAUACGCAACGUGAUGGCUAAACGGUUCUCGUCAACCACGUUCGAUGGUCUGGUAAUCAACAUUAAUUAUUACUGUUCUCGCAACUCACCAGAUGAAAGCAUGAUACGAGAAAGUGUCGAUGCAGACGCACCGAGCAGGGAGACUGAAGGACGUGGUGCUGUUAAGCACAAGAAACGUAUCAUCACAGACUACAAAGCACCCCCUCCAAAGAUCGGUGAAACCGCGAGGCGGGAAAACGCUGACGCAGAAAUGCUGAGCAUGGCAGCUGAAGGUUGCGAGGAUGCUCCAUACAGGAAUCUCAUCUCCCCUCCAAAGAACGACUCCAAGGUACCCUCAGCCGAAAUCACCGUGGAUUUGACGCCUCCAUCCCCUGCGGAGGAGACAAAGGAUGACAAGCAGCCGUCAAAGGAAGAAAAAUCUGCAUUCAAUCCGUCGUUUACACCCAAGAUCUUACCUCCAUCUCUGUUGAAAAAGAAACGAGUUGCAUCCAUCUAAAUUGCGUGUGUUUGUAUGUUAUUACUAAGACGUGUUUUUCUUUUUUGCGUGGUUAAAUAAAAAUUAUAAAAUGAUUCUGGUUUAUUUCUGUAUCCCCGUUACUUGUUAAUAAACCCCUCGACGGCGACUGAAAAAUCCGAGUGGUAUCCUGGGGAUUCGAACCCGCGUCGUCCACCACGCGGCGAAUGUGAACCCAGUACGCUACCAGUUCGGUCACCGCAUACCCUACACCCUACACGCUCCCUCUUAGACAGAACGAGGCAUGGCGCAGCCCAUGUCUCGCCGCUCCCGGACUCGUCACCUCCCACCAACCGCACCAUAGCACAUCCCUCGCUCCCUCCCCAUAGCAUGUCACUGCCGAUCCCUCUCUGUCCCGCCCCACGCUCCCUUGCCCCGCCAAAACAAGCCGCUAUGACAUAGGAUACUACGGAAGUCUUUCCGCCUCCGCCCCACGCUCCCUUGCCCCGCCAAAACAAGCCGGUAUGACAGCCUGCCACUACGGCUGUUUUUCCGCCCCGCCCCACGCGCCAUUGCCCCGCCAAAACAAGCCGCUAUGGCGCAGGAUACUACGGAUGUCCUUCCGCCCCCCCACCCACGUGUUUUUCCGCCCCGCCCCACGCUCCCUUGCCCCGCCAAAACAAGCCGGUAUGGCGCAGGAUACUACGGAUGUCCUUCCGCCCUCCGCCCCACGUGUUUUUCCGCCCCGCCCCACGCUCCCUUGCCCCGCCAAAACAAGCCGAUAUAACAGCCUGCCACUACGG